UGGGGUCCACUCUUCCCGAGAAAGCAGGAAUUCUUAUUGCAGCUUACUGCACAGUGGAGCAGUUGCCACCAGAAUCAUUAAAACCUUCUGACUGGUAUUUUACAGGGGAUCUUCCCAUUUGCUCAGCUGUUGUUGAAUUCAUCAACAAACCUGGGAUUCCAGAGGCACCGACGGAGCAGAAAUCCAGUCCUGAAAUGCAACGCAAGUCAAUCACAAAACUGCCUCUUUGCUUCAGAAAAACGCACAGGAUGCUGUGUACGUGCAGAGAUGGCUGGAAAGCAUAUUACAGGCAGUCUGUCUUUUUAGCAGGCUUGGGUUUCGCCUUCUUGUACACCACAGUGCUUGGCUUUGACUGUAUCACUACAGGGUACGCCUACACGCAGGGGAUCAGUGGCUCUCUUCUCAGCAUACUCAUGGCUCUUUCUGCCUUCUCAGGACUAAUGGGCACAAUUUUGUUUACUAAGCUAAGGAAGCAUUAUGGCUUGGCUGUCACAGGAGUUGUAUCCAGCCUCCUCCAUGUAAGCUGUUUAAUGCUGUGUGUGUUUUCAGUCUUUGCCUCCGGCAGUCCUUUUGACUUGGGUAUUUUCUCUCUUCUCACAAGUAAGAACUCUUCCUUAAACCACGAGACACUGCAAAAGAACCAGCUGCAUGUUUACCCAUUCCAAAGAAACAUCAACCAACCCAUACUGCCAGAUCGUUCUUCAAUUCAUUGGACUAAUAAUACAGUGCUGUUGAACAGCGUGCAUGGGGACAAUCACCCAGAAUCCUAUAUUUCAAUCAUUCUCUUGUUCUCAGGAGUGAUACUAGCCAGAAUUGGUAAGUAUACAUGCAAUUUGCCACCACAUGCAGAGUCGCUUCACUGGGUAAAAUAUUCUGUGAACAAAAACCAGAUGUGAUGAUCUCUCUGUUACAUAUGGCCCACAUCAUCAUAGUAUUGACCGUCUCACAGUCUAAUAUAUUUAUCCUCACCACACCCCUGUUAGAUAGGGAAGUGCUGUUAUACCCAUUCUAAAGAUGGUGUUGGGAUUC